UGACGUUUGGAAUAAGCUGUCAUUGUUGUUUAGUUUUGAAGUUUUGUUUUAACAUUUAUUUACUAUUUUAUUUUAGUUUGGUUUUUGGUUGAUUGUUAAUUUUAAGAUGAAACUGUAGUGAUCUUGUAUCAAGGGGGAAAAUAUGGCACCUAGAAAGAAACGAAACAAUCGGAAGAAAAAAUCUCUGGACGAAAACAAAAAUGAAAAUGUAACAAUCUCUAAAAACUUAUCCCAAAAAUAUAAUACUGAAAAGCUUAACGUAAUUUGUGAUGAAAUAAAAGUAACUGAAGAUGUAAAGAAAGUAAAUAUCAACAAAACUGAUAAGAAUUUUGUAGAAGAUUCCAAUGCUGUUCAGAAAUCAGUAUUAUAUUCAUGCCAACUAUGCUAUAAAAUAUUUUCUUUGGAAAGAGAGUAUAUAAACCAUAAGGAAAAGUGUUCCAAUAGUAAUUUUCAUAUAAUAUCAAAUGUUAGGAUUAAUGGCACCUCUGAAACUGUAACAGAAACUAUUCCUGUACAAGAUGACAGCACAAAUGUAUCUCCCAACGGGAACUCAUUAUAUCCAUGUCGAAAUUGCAGUAUAGUUUUUCCUAGCGAGAAUACAUGCAAAUCACACAUGAACCAAUGUAAAAAGAAUAACCUGAGAGAUAAAGAAUUAAUAAAUAUAAGAACCAAAGAAAGUGAUAAUCCAAGGUGUCAGUCUCCAUAUACAGGGAGUGAGAAGCUUAGUGAUGUAUCUCGUACAACAGAAAUCAGUGAAGAACCUAUGCCCAAACAACCCAAGUAUGAUAUCUCCAUUUACGAUUAUGAUGAAAUAGAUUCCGAAGAUGAUACUCCUAAGGUACCUUCAGACACCAAGUGUAAAUAUUGCGAGUUUAUAGCCGACAAUCCAAUGGAGCUUUUAAAACAUAAACGAGAACUUCACACCGCAGCAAAACAGACGCUACCAGUACAUGAAAUCCAAAAAUACUUUGAUUACCCUGAUAGAUCAUUUUGCCCUAUAUGUGAACAGCCAGUGAAAACGAAAAACUUCAGAUCCAUUUUUAUUAGACAUUUACUAGUUCAUGCUCCCAGUAUGUCUUUCCAAUGUAGAAUCUGCAAGAAAAGAUUCAGAAGGCUUGACCAUAUGAAAGCACAUGAAAAAAGGCAUGUGCUUACCUAUGCUGAACUUCAAGCUCUGCAAGAAAACGUGAAUAAUGAUAAACCAACUGAAGAUAUUUUGAUAGAUGAAUAAGAAGUCAAGGCAGUGAAUAUUUGAUUAUCUUUCAUGAUUAGUAACACAUUGGAGAUUUUCUUUUUUGUGUAGCUUAUUAACCCUUUCACUGUCUAACAAUGUCAUUGGCAUGGAAAGGGUUAAAAGCAAGUUGACUGUUGUAUUUUUAUGCCACGUUUACAUUUUUUUUCUUUAGGUUUGUUGAUUAUUUUAGUUUUCAUCAAAAUUCACUCAAUUUUAUAGAGUUUGGUUUAUUUUUGUGUUCUUUUUCCUAUAUCUUGUAACGUUUCCUAUUUCUCAACUAGAAUAGAUUAAUUUUCAUUUUCUACCCAAAAUACAGUCGAAAAUCCAACCUCUAUUUUAUGAGUCUAUCAUUGUUUUUAUUUACAAAAAAUGGUACAGCUCUUACAAGAAAAGAGAUAUUUGGAUAAUUCAAAAAACAAAAAUUUUAUGAUGCCUCGGGGAUAAUAUGACAGGACUAUGAAACAAAAUCAGCUCUUCCAUUUUUCCACAAAAUUUUUUUAAGUUAUGAGAAAAUACAACGCUUCCAUUCACCCCUGUAUAAUGCCAUGCAAGCAAAAUUUUUGUCUUACUGUAAUAAUACCAAACGAUACCAAUACAUAUAGGUACCUACAAACUGGUGCAAAAAUCUUCCAGUGAGUGUAUAUUAUUUAAUAUUUUUCUUCUAUCUAUUUCAAGUUUUGGUACUUUAUCUCCAUUUAUUUAUUUUCUUUUUAAGGUUUUUUCUAUAUUCGAAUGAUCAUUUUUUUACUCAAAGUAUUUCACCUGUUGGCUACCUUUUUAUAACUUAUUUUUCUUAUUCUUUAUGUAAUUUUUAUAAUACUUAUAUGUAUAACCUUUUUUUAAAGUUGCAUCAAGAAGUAAUUUAUACUACUAUACAGAGAGAGUCUGUAAAGUGGAAUAAAUUCAAUAUCUCAAAUACUAAUUGUUUUUUUGGAAAAUGCUCAGACCCGUCGAUUAGUAUUUCAAAUUGUCCUUUUUGACAUUCAAUAAAAAUGUAUACAGGGUGUCCCAAUUUAGAGAUGACGUCAUCGUCGAUUUUCUUAAAUGGCAACACUGUCAUUUUGAUAGCUAAUUUGAUAGGGUUUGUAAAGUUAUACAUAACUGCAAAAUAUC